AUGGCCCUCGCGGCCCUCGCACUCUCCCUCGCCAGCACCUCCACCGCUGCCCCCGUCGCCGCCCCCGAUAGUAAUAUCAACACCGUCAUCACAUUCAACGGCCGACCCGUUACCGUCCCCGUCGACACAGCCAACGCCCUCCACCAGGCCUUCGCGUCGGAGUUCGGGACCAGCCUCGCGAAGCGGCAGGAUGUUGCGGCCCCUGCUCCGGCUCCUGAACCUGCUCCUGCUCCUGCCCCCGCACCCGGUGACGCUGUCAUGAGCCCCGCUGAGGAGGAGUGA